CCCCCUCCAUCCAUCCACCUUUGUCCUCGUGCACAGUCUGCACAACCUGCACCUACCGACCCGUCUUCCGCAACAUAUCCCUCGACCCGACUCGAGCUGUCGCCGCGCCGGUUCCCUCGACGAAUAAAUAUCACUGGAUUGCGGCAUUGUGCCGCUAGGACGCCCGCCUCCUCCUGCCUGUCACCGACUUGCUGUCCUCCCCUUGCCAUCUGCGGAUGCUGGUGAAGCUACCACCUACAGUCGAUGGUCCUUGCAUAAUAUAAAACCACAAUACCAUGGCAGCAGUGCAAUACUCGGCAGAAUAUCUGCUGUAUCUACGGCAGUCGCCAUUAUGCGUUAAGCCUCCCGGACUCCCUCCCGCUGAGGAGUGGAUGGGACCGCCUCCAGAGACAGGCCGCAAUAGCCAGGCCAAGACCACAAAUGACCGCAUCAAAGGCGGGGACAGUUUUCUUCUUAACCAAGAAAAUAGACGUCCAGCGCUGGAUCGUAACGGUUCACGCAACACAACGAAUCCUGAGGACAUUAUCCUUGGACCUCCCAGAACAAGCUUCGCAUCCGCCACAACUUUGCGCAAUAACAGGACCUCUGACGCCGAUAAGGGACUGAAAGAUAACGACCGACAGGAUCGGACGGAUCGAUUCAACUUCCGCACGCGCACCAAUGACUCGGAAAGUACCAACGACCGGUUUGGUAACGGGCGAAACAGCGCAUUCCGCCGCCGUGGGGAUGAUCAGGACAGGGACAGCGAAGGCUGGACUCCGGUCAAACCCCGCAAGAGCUUUGGUACUGAGGGCGCAGAGCGAUUUCAGGGUCGCAUGGGCGCCGCCGGAGAGCGUUUUGGCGGCUCCCGCGAUACCCAGACUAAAGAUGUUUCGGAUCGCCGUAACCGGGCCCAGGACCUCAGGGACAAGGACGGCGAAGACAUUGAUACACCUCGCAGGAACGGCUUGUCAAGGGGCAAGACCGAUUCGUGGUUCAACAAGGAGAAUACGAACAGCAGCGACAACAAUGGCGCUUCUCUUUCUGUGAGGGAACGCAUUGACAGGUCCAAGAGUUGGCGUGAUCGCGAACCCGAAGAUCGGCAGAACGACAGAUAUGGCGACCGAGCUGGUGGGUAUGGCGGAGGAAGAUAUGAUCGUGACCGUGACCAGCGCGUUGAGCGCGACCCUGAAUGGCUCGAUGAACCCGUUGAGCAUAAGUCGCAGGGUCAUACGGCCGAGGAUUUCAAGAAGUUCAUGGAAAGUAUGAAGAGCAAACAUGGCGGCGGGCCAAAGGCCGAAGAGAAGGCCCCUGCGCCUUUGCAAACCAAUCUGCCCGAGCCCUCAUUUGAGGCAGAGAGGGUGUUGUCUGCACCUGCUCUCGAAACUGGUCCAGACAAGUUCUUUGCAGCCUAUGGCGGUGGCCUUCAAGUCAGCACUCCUACGGCCGAGAAGGAAGCUAGCAAGCCUACAUCCGGCAAGGGGUCGCGAUUUAUGGCUUUCCUCGCUCCUCAGGAAGGAGCAAAGACAGAGCCAUCUACUCCCGCUGCUACUGCUCCCUCGAGCGGACAGCCCAACGAAGGACCUCAAAAGAAUGAGGCCGAGAAGGAGGCCUUCAAUCUCCUUAUCCAGAAGCUACAGAAGAGCGGAAUGGGGGGGCCAUCGGGGCCAUCUGGACAGGCGGCCAAUCCCAUGGCUCAGCUCUUCGGCAGCUUUUCGCAGCCGGCUCAUCUUGCGGACUCCCAACCUAAGAGCCAAGUUGCUUCCCCGGAACCGUUCCAGCAGUAUGGUGGAGAGCGCCGUGACGACCCUCGAUUCCGCGCACCCCCACCGAACCCCUUGCACGACAUUCUCUCCCCUCGUCCUAUGGCUCCGCCCACUCAGCCGCCUCCCAUGACACGGCCCGAUCAAGCAUUGCAUGAUAUCAUUGCCCAACGCCACGCUAUGCCGAACCAUGGCAACAACCGGGGCGCACAGAACCCUAUGGUGAAUAACCAGACGGAAUUCCUCAUGAGGUUGAUGCAGAAUCACAAGGAAGUGCCUGAACCACCCCGGCAGGAACAGCUCCUGGUCCGGAUGCCGCAGCCCACCAAGCAGGUCAAUAUUCCCGAUCUUUCUGAUCGUGAAGCCGAAUAUCAGCGAGAGCGUAGCGCCGCCCAGCGGCAGCAACAACAGAUCAGAGGCCCGGCUCCUCCUGGCUUCUUCAAUGACCAGUUUCACCCUUCAGAUGUUGACAAUCGUCCACAUCAGCCGCCGACGCAGAUGCCGACGCAGAUUCUUCAACGGCCUCCUCCCCCUGGUCUGGAUCAUCACAUGCUUCCUUUCCCACUGGGUGCUGGCGGUGCCGGUAACCCUGGAAGCGGAGUUGGUGGUCAACCGAUGGGUCCGCCCCAGAGGCCCAUGAUUCCUCCUCCGGGUCUUGUUAAUGGACCCCGUAACGGACCGAUGCCGGGUAUGUUCCCCAUGAACUUCCCGCCUCCUGGUGGAGCGUUCCCGCCUGGACCUCCACCCCCGGAUAGCCUCGUUGGGCCCCCGCCUCCUAGAGGGAUGCAGCCUCCCCCCGGCUUUUUCGGUGGUGGACCCCCACCCGGCUUCAUGGGACCUCCACCUCCCGGAAUGGGUGGUUUCCAGGGACCAGACGGUGGCCCUGCUGGAUUUGGUGGUGCCGGCGGCCUUCCUUUCCCCAUUGAUCGGCGCGGUAUGCUCCCUCCUGGAUACCGGGGCCCUUAGGAUGGACAACGGAGGUCUGAGCAGGAGUAGGCAGUCGGUCUAGUCACUAAGUAUGUGAGAGGGAGAGCUGUAACUACGAGUAUGUGAGAACGAGCUUGUUCGGCAUGGAAGUAUAAAGAUCG